UGGGCGGCAGUGUUUACAAUGUCGUCGACGGAGCGUAAACUAAUUGUGGUCACUGGAUUUGGUCCGUUCGUGGGCCAUGAAGAGGUCAACGCCAGCUGGGAGGCUGUGCAACUGCUGCCCGAGCUGCUUAGCUACGAGGGCACCGACUACCAGCUGGAGAAAAUAAUGGUGCCAGUGGAAUAUGCGGCCGUAGAUGAGGCAGUAACAGAAAUUUGGCAGCGGCAGCCAGAGCUGGUCGUGCAUGUAGGUGUCUCUGGCGUGGCCAAAUGCGUUUAUGUGGAGAAACUCGCCUAUAAUCAUCAGUUUCGACGACCCGAUAAUGCGGGCCAAUAUCUCAGCAAAAGCACUUGCUGCCUGCCUUACAAUGGAAACGCAAAUGUUCUGCGCUGCGGCCUGAACGUUGAUAAGAUUGUGGAGGCUGUAAACUUAACCUGUGAUGAGUGUGUGGCCCCGGCGCGAACAGUCAACAAUAAGGCUCUGGAGGCCACGAAGGCGUCCAAAAAUGCUGGCGGCUUCCUCUGCGGCUAUAUCUAUUUAAAAUCCUUAGACGUGGAUUCCAAGCGGACCUUGUUCGUACAUGUUCCGCCCAUUGACAAGCCUUUCAGCUCUGCGCAAACAUCAGAGAUUCUUUCCAAAAUAAUUAUGCAAUGUGUAGAGCAAUUAGCUGCCUGUGGAUCCCAGUGAAAGUAUUCGAUUAGUGUAUUUUUUGUCAGUGUACUAUUUGUAUGAACAGUUGCAAGCUUAUAAAAAACCUUUAUUGUUAUGAGGAAUUUUUGAAUUCUAUAGUAUAUGCAUGGCAAUACUCUUCAGCUCCUUUUGUUAUUUUAUAUAAACAGAUAACGUACUAGAUAAUACG